CAGGACGUGCAUAAAAUAAUACGAGCUUAUAUUUACAAUUGCACACGCAAAUUCAUAUUUAAAAAAAAUAUACAUCUCAUAUAUACCAUAAAAAGUACAGAGAAAAAUGGCAGAGAAAAAGACAGGCGGCUUCAACGAAGGAAAACGCCGCAAAGAAUCCAUUUUGGAUAUGUCCAAAUAUAUGGACAAGCAAAUACGAGUAAAGUUUGCAGGAGGGCGCGAAGCGACUGGUAUACUAAAGGGCUAUGAUGCGCUAUUGAAUCUGGUGCUGGACAACACUGUGGAAUACCUUCGCGACUCAGAUGACCCAUCCAAGCUAUCAGAGGAGUUAACACGCAACUUAGGCUUAGUUGUAUGUCGCGGCACUGCUUUAGUGCUCAUCUGUCCGCAUGAUGGCGUGGAAGCCAUUCCUAAUCCAUUUAUAACGCAGUAGGCACGAUUUAGGCUAAGUAAAGGUUUCAUAAAGUUGUUUUAUCAACCCCUCUGCCAUCAAACUUCUGGACAACAGCACCAUUACUCGUCAUUUUAGAGGACUCUAUUCGCUGUAUUUUCCAUAUCGGAGUACCUAAAAUCCUCCCCUUGCCAAUGUAAAACCACCAAGAUUUGCUUAUUGUUC